UCGGUAGCGAUCACAGUUUUCCGUUGUCCUCUGAAGCGAUAGAAAUAACAAGAUGAAGUUUGUACUGUUUUUUGGAUUUUGCUUUGGUCUGGUGGCGGUUUCAUUGGCUGCCUCCAAGUCCGAAGUUUCUGAAAUAAUCGCAGCGAUCGAUGAUUUAUCCGGCACGGUUGCCAAAAUCCUUGAAGAUGCUGCUCUAAACAUUCAGAACGAAGCCAACAAGACAAAGGAAAAAAUUCAGGAUUCAGCACAACGCAUCGAGAUCGCCGAAAAAGACUCGGUACAUGAUGCAUACAUCACUGCAUUGAACAACGCCAACACAUCAUUGGAGAACGCUCGGACUACUCUCAACAGCGUUGCAAACAUCUACAGUGUACAGAGCAAGAUCCCAACCGAUCUGCAAACCCGUCUCUUGAACGAUGUCACAGUUCUGAAGGCUGAGGUUUCGACCUUAAAGGACGCACUGCCGCUGACGGAAGAGAGAGCCGAUUCCAUCAAGGCGCUGAACAAGAAGACUAACAAUUGCAACACGGCUACUAAGGAUGUCACCAGCACACUAGCUACCAUCAUUACGACCACUCUUUCCGCUGCAGAUAACAAGAAUGAUAGCUUUUUCGGUAAACUUAUCAAUGCUUUAGGAUAGGAUGACCUAGAUCGUUCCUUCGUUUCCGUUGUUGAAUAACGUACGGAUUCCAACAACGUUUGCUUGAAAUGUAGAACGAAUAAAGUGGAGGUUCAAGGCUGUCCCUCGAUUAAGAAA